AUGACAAGUAAGCCGGAGUUUUUGAAAAAAUAUUUGAGGGGGCCCCGGCGACCUAGGGGGCCCCCUGUCAACCAAGGGGGCCUCAAGCUUCGUAGUGACGACGAGCUUGACGCCUGCCUAGUUCCCCAACAGAAGGCUUCAAGGGCCUGCACCAAGAAGACCCUCUUCAAGGUGCUGCGACGGGACGCCAACGGUGACAAAUUUUUAUUUGCCGACGAGGAAGCCGAGCCAGAACUGCCAGACUCAGAAGAAGAGGAAGUACACGUAGUGGGGGAGGACGGUCAGACCCUUGCUUUAAAUGAGGAGGAAAAGAAGAAGGUAGCCCAGCUGAUCGCUAGAGAAGAGGGCUGGGAUCGGCCUCUUGGCGGGCCCAAGGAACCCAAGAGCACCAGGGAGGGGGCUACCUCCGAGAUAGAGAACCCAGAAGUGAACAAUGCAUGGAAGGAGGUCUUUGCCAUUGAUGAAUCUUUGGCUGAACGUGCGGUGUCUCCAGUUGCAGCUCCUUCUCCCUAUGACAAAAGACGGGCGCGAAGAGAAAUUCCAGCUGACAGCCCGCUUCCCUUAACACAGACAGACCACGACCCUUCGCCUCAGAGGAGGACAACUGAAAAAUGUAUUGCAUCACGAGGCAGGAAAACGUCUCAAGAUGAAGAUCUGUCGCUACACAGAAAGGGCAGCGACAGAGAUCUUUCGCCUCCCAGAAGGUCGCAGUGCCCUCUUUCCCUCGAGCGUGAAGGAGGAGACAAAGAUUUGUCUCCUCCGAGGCGGCGUGCAUCUCCUGCUGCAUCUUUGCGUGGAGGCGGCAGCUCCAGAGGUCCUGACGCCCAUCUCGACCCAGCGCUGGAACGGGACGCUAGGGAUCGGGACCUUUCGCCGCCAAGACGCCGCAGAGAAAGCGCAGCCCAAGGAGAUGCGGAGGGAGACAGUCAUCGAAGAGGUGAAAUACCUGCCAGUCGGGUCAUCUUUCGAGACAGAGAAGGACGCAUUAUAUCUGAAGAGGAGUGGCUGACCCUCGAAGGAGCAAAGGGGAGGAAAAGACAGCGGGAGAGAGGCCCUGCUCCGGUACUCGAAUGGGGCGCCGGUCUCAAGCAGAAGGAAGACUUGGAAGCGAGGAAGAAGGAAGAAGAGAAAAUCGCAAAGCAACCAUUCGCGAGGUAUGAUAUUGACGAAGAACACGACGCCGAAUUAAGAGCACGCGACCGGUGGGACGAUCCGCUGGCGAAGGCGCCGUCGAACACAGCUCAGGGCCUAGGCCGGAAGCAAAAGGGGAAAGAGGACGUAGAUCGAGAGAAAAAACACCAGAGGCCAAAGUGUCCCCACGACGCUCCACCCAACAGGUUUGGUAUUAAGCCUGGCUACCGGUGGGACGGAGUCGUUCGCGGGAAUGGCUACGAAGAGGAGCGUUUAAAGGCAUUGUGCAAAAACUCGUGA